AUGAUGAUCCAAGUAUUUUCAAUUCUGUUGGUGAUCGUAUCCGGCAUCCUUUGCAGUGGGACGCAACAAGGAGUAUCCAGUACCCAAUCUGGUCAGACAUUGCAAGUACAGCCCAAUGUCAGGAAGUACAACAAACACACUGCCACGGAAAAACCUUGUACCACCGCAGGCUCGCCGACGGGCACACGAAAGGACAAACCGGACAACUAUUCGGACGCACAGGACUACGUGCCCAUAGGCGGAGUGGCCUCUCCCGGAUAUCCAUACCCGUACCCGUACCCUUACCAACCAUUGGGCCCUUACCAACCUGCAGUCGGCCCUUAUCUUCAGCCGGGCGGCCCUGUGCUAGUGCCGAGCGGAAACCCGUACCGGCCGCUGCAGUACCCGUACGAACCACAAUACGCCGUGGACGGUGCACCGCCGCCACCGUACAACUACGCCCCCUACUACCCCGCCGGACCACAGUACGUCACAGCGCCGCCGCCGUACUAUCCCGCCCCACAGCAACCGCUUUACGAACAACAGGCGACCGUCGUGGACGCGUACCGCUCACCGUUGUAUCCGCCUCAAGCAGCUGAUCAGUCGCAGUUUUUCAGACAGCCCGCCGCCGCCGGAGGUUUACCGCCGUACUACUCGUCGCCGCACUUCAGAGCCCAUGCGUACAACAGACCGCCGCCGUUUCUCCAGCAACGAGACACCGCAGCCGCUCCAUAUUUUCAGCAACGGGACGCCCCAUUUCUCCAGCAACGGGACGCCGCAGCUGUCCCUGCCGCUCCUGCUGCCGCCACCGCCGCAGCCACCAACAACGCCGAACCGCAGUACGAACAACAGCAGUCCGGACCGUUCGACGGCAACCAGUUUCAUUACUAA